AUGAGUAAGUUUGGUGGCUCUUUGCUCGGCGUAAGCAUAUUACUGACCGUUCUUCUCGGAGCAGCCACCGCAGCAGCGGAGUAUUACAGUUACGGAAAUGCCCUUGAGAAGACAUUCUUGUUCUUUGAGGCUCAACGGUCAGGGAAGUUGCCAGCUGCUCAACGUGUCAAAUGGCGUAGCCAUUCUGGUCUCAAGGAUGGUCUUGCUCAAGGCGUGAGUUUGGAGGGAGGAUAUUAUGAUGCAGGAGACCAUGUGAAAUUCGGUUUACCAAUGGCUUUCGCAGUAACAAUGCUAUCGUGGGCUGCGGUUGAUAACCAGAAAGAGCUAUCCGGUUCGAACCAAAUGCAACAGACAUUAUGGUCAAUCAGAUGGGGUACUGAUUAUUUCAUCAAGGCUCAUCCUCAGCCUAAUGUUCUAUGGGGUCAAGUUGGAGAUGGACAAUCUGAUCACUACUACUUGGCUGGUGAAACCGCUGCUGCUUUAGCCGCUGCUUCUUUAGCUUUCAAGCCGUAUAACUCCUCUUAUUCUACUAUCCUCUUGACUCAUGCCAAAGAGCUCUUCUCAUUUGCUGACAAAUACAGAGGAUUAUACACUGAUUCAAUCCCAAAUGCAAAAGCUUUCUACAUGUCAUCUGGUUACUCGGAUGAGCUUCUUUGGGCUGCGGCUUGGCUACACCGUGCCACCGGGGACGAGUAUUACUUGAAGUAUGCUGUAAACAAUGCUGGUUACCUGGGAGGAACCGGCUGGGGGAUGAAAGAAUUCUCUUGGGAUAACAAAUACGCCGGUGUUCAAGUCCUUCUCUCCAAGAUCUUGUUAGAAGGUAAAGGUGGUGUGUAUACUUCAACAUUGAAGCAGUAUCAGAUGAAAGCUGAUUACUUUGCUUGUGCUUGUCUGAAGAAGAAUGGCGGUUACAAUAUUCAAACAACUCCUGGUGGUUUGAUGUAUGUUCGAGAGUGGAACAAUCUGCAAUAUGCAUCAGCGGCUGCAUUUCUUCUUGCGAUUUAUUCGGAUUAUCUAUCAGCAGCAAACGCUAAACUCAACUGUCCUGAUGGUUCAGUUCCACCUCAAGCACUUCUAGAUUUUUCAAGAUCUCAGGCUGAUUAUAUUCUUGGAAAAAACCAUCAAGGAAUGAGUUACUUAGUUGGAUAUGGACCUAAAUAUCCAAUCCGAGUUCACCAUAGAGGCGCUUCAAUCCCUUCAAUCUUUGUUCAACGGUCUUCUGUGAACUGUGUACAAGGAUUUGAUUCUUGGUAUAAAAGAGCUCAAGCUGAUCCCAAUGUUAUCUAUGGUGCUCUUGUUGGUGGACCAGACCAGAAUGAUUACUAUUCCGAUGACCGGACAAACUACGAGCAAUCAGAACCAACUUUGUCUGGAACAGCUCCACUCGUUGGUCUAUUCGCUAAGCUCUCUGGAAAAUUAGGUUCUUAUGGAGGAGGGUAUUCUAAACCUUACCAAACCCCAAAACCACCAGCUUCGUCUUACAAAGCACCAACACCAACAACAUACACUCCAAAGCAAUCAGGUGCACCAAUCGAGUUUCUUCAUUCAAUAACUGCAAAUUGGAUGGCCUAUAACACCAGGUACUACAGACACAAAGUGAUCAUCAAGAACAAUUCUCAGAAACCGAUAUCAGGCCUCAAGCUUAAGAUUGAAGAUCUCACAGGAUCUAUAUGGGGACUUGCCCCAACAGGGCAAAAGAAUACUUACCAGCUUCCUCAGUGGCAAAAAACUUUGAAAGCAGGGCAAGCUUGUGAUUUUGUCUAUGUGCAAGGUGGUCCUCAAGCUAAGGUCUCCGUCCAAAGUUACCACUAA